AUGGCAACAGCACAGAAACGUAUCACAAAAGAGUAUGCCGAUAUACAGAAAAAACCUCUAGAUGGUAUGAGGAUUAGCCUACCCUCCGAGGCAGACAUACACCAGUGGCAGAUACUCAUUGACGGUCCCAAAGGCUCGCCUUAUGAAGGCGGGGUCUUCAACCUGCAUCUCAGCCUUCCCAUGGAGUACCCGUUCAAGCCUCCUACCCUGAGCUUCAAGACAAAGAUCUACCAUCCAAAUGUCACCAAUGAUGACAAGGGUAGCAUGUGUCUAGGGAUGCUACGUGCGGACGAGUGGAAGCCUUCGUCGAAGAUUGAUGCCGUGCUUAGCUUUGCUCAAGGUCUGCUCUCGGAGCCUCAGCCUGAUGAUGCUGUGGAGGGAGGUAUUGCGAGGGAAUACAAGGAGAACAAGAAGGAGUUUGUCAAGAAUGCAAAAGCAUGGACCAAGCAAUAUGCGAAGAAGUGA